AUUUAUUCCAUUCAUAGUCACUCGAAUUAGUUGAACAGUCCAAGUUCGGUCACUCUCCGUUAACCUCCGUUAGUCUCCGUUAAUGACGACCGUUAAGUGAUGACGUGCUAUAAAAUUUCACGUUUGCCACUCAAAUUAAUUUAUUCCAUUCAUAGUCACUCGAAUUAGUUGAACAGUCCAAGUUCGGUCACUCUCCGUUAACCUCCGUUAGACUCCGUUAAUGACGACCGUUAAGUGAUGACGUGGCUAACAAAAAAUCACAGUCAUCAUAUUUUAACACUAAAAAACAACGACCCGACCCGCCACGUCAUAUUUAUCUGCCAUGUCAGCCCUUCUUGCCCACCCUGCGAACCAACCCAAUUAAUUGACCCAAACCCGAGACCGGACCCCCCUGAAAAGUAAAUCGAAACAGGAAAGGGUAGGGCACAUUCCCUUCCUCCAUCGUCCUCUCAUCCUCCCGCGGCACGCCUCUCCUCACCCAACUAUUUGAAAAUCGCCGAAGAAGGAGGGAUGGAGGCCGCCGCGCUGCCGCCCUGGAUCCCUUCCCCCAAUAUCUUCCUCCCGCGUCUCUUCUUCAUCACACGCCGCUAGUUUUUCCUCUAUUGCAACCCGACGCAAAAUGCUAAAUCGGAGCCGCGAAACCCUAAAUCGAAGCACUUCUUUUCUCUGGCCGUGGUUGACGAAGGAGACAGAAGAAGCCCCUUCCGGUUUUAAAGGUAAAAAUUCACACGUAUUUGCUUCUUCUCGCUUUUAUCUGGAGAUGCGGAAAAGAUGAGGGGUCAUUGUCCUGGGGAAUCUUUUGGGGCUGGAACUUUACCUUUGUUUAUACUGAUGGUGGAGGUCGUUCUUGUCUGUUUUUCCAGCUCAGCCUUACACGACAACACCAUGGUGAGUCAUGUGCGUGCACCAAAUGCGCCCCAACCGAAAUAUGGUGAGUCAACUAUCUCCUCACAUAUCUGGCCUUUAUUGGAGUAAAUGACGACAAUUUUUUUUUUUAAUUGAAAAUUAGGGUUUUUGAGAAAUACCAAAACCAACAGCAUUGAAGUGGUUGACAUGUCAUUUUCCUGCUUUUAAUACUAGUUGUUGGGUUAAAGAAGUUAGACUACCUCUGCCCCUUUACUGCUUUGGUCACUUUUAAUAACUCAUUCUCUCUUUCGUUGUUUGCAACAGGGUGCUUCUAGUGGAGUGUUUACAUUUGAAGUGCACUUAUCAGAAGCAUUAAAGAAGAAGGGUGGCAAGAAUUUUCUCAAUGAGAAGUCUAUAGUCUACUGGGACUAUGCAAAUAUUGAUGAGUUAUCAACGCUUGAUCUGCCUGACAUAUACUAAGAUGUCGAGCGAAGAUUGAUAAGCCGAAGUUCUUCUUGAGCUCUCCUUCAACUGAUACUAUGUCAGAGAUCACGUUAGAUGAAGAUAUACUCGCCAUGUCAACAAGUGCAAAUGAAGAAGUGAGGUUCAUCGUACUAUAUGCCAUCAUUAGGAAGACAUUGUUGAGUUCAUGGACAGUGAUGAGGACAAAGAUGGAGCUGCCACCAAGGGUAAAAAGGGUAAAGAAGCUGUUGUUCGUGACUCGGGUGAUGAUGCAGACUAUGAGGAAGAAGAUGACAGUGACUAUGAGGCUAGUGAAGAGGAGGAGGACUUUAGCAUAGAUGACAAUCUGCAAUUUGAAAGAAGCGUAGCUGCAGAUGUUGAAGCUGAUUUCUACAUCGAAGAAGACGAAAUUGAGAAGUGCAAGAAGACUAGCAUAGAGGCAGAAGAGAGUUCAUAUGUCGACUCAGAUGAUCGAAGGACAAUUUGUAGCUCAGAUGAAGAUGAGGACAGUCAUCAGGUGGAGGAUUUUCGAGCUGAGAGAGACAUGGAGAGCCCUACUUUCGAUGUUUUGCAAAGAUUUGGCAGUUUUGAUGAGUUGAAAGAUGCCAUAAAACAACAUGCUUUUGUGGAAAAGCGCCCUAUUCGUUUCAAGAAGAACGACAAGAGGAGGUUGCAAGCAGUAUGCGUUGAUCCAUGUGAUUGGUAUAUAUGGGCCUCCAAGAUGAUUCUUACAGAUGCAGUACAGAUCAAUAAGUGCAAGCUACAACAUUCUACAGAUUGCCAGUGGACUUUUCAGGUGAAGUUUGCAACUGCCAAGUUUCUAGGUGAGAAACUUGCUAGGAAGAUGGCAGCAGACAAGAAUAUGAGCAAGGGCUGCUCAAACAGAUCUGCAAGGAAGACUUUAAGGAAGAUGUAUUGGAUUCAAAGGCAUGGAGGAUUCGAAGGGCCGCUCUUGAUCAGGUUAGGGGCAGUUUUAGAGAGCAAUUUCGAGGGCUAUACCACUACGCCGAGGAAUUGAGGAGGAGCAACCCAGGUUCUACAGUGAUCAGGCAUCACAGCAGCUCAGCCAAAGAUGUGGAUGAUCGCAAAAUGCAUGCCAAGUGACUCAAGAGAACGAGUGAAGAUUAGUUGCAGUUUAGGUCCAAAUGAUAAUUACCAUUUUGAAGCCUCCAAUUGGCUAGUAAAUGUUGACGUUGAAUGUUGCUUUGUCGUAUUAUCUAGCCUAUUAAGUCAUGGUGAAUUGCUCUUUUGGAAAAACAUUGUCCUCGAGGCUAUAAUUAUCAUUUGGACCUUGUAAGACUAUAAGUUUUAUGAAUGACCAUCAGAUUUAUCAAUCUUCCAGUACAUUGGAAGGUUCUUUUGCACAAAUACGUGCCUUGUUGUUCCAUUCGUGCUGCUACCUAUGAGUGACCAAUUAUGAAACCAAUUUUCAAUUAAAGUGACCAAAGUUAAAAAAAAUUCCAUUUAUAGUGACCAAAGUUAAAACAAAUUUCCAAUUAUAGUGACCAAACACGGAACAAUUUAGCAACUCAAGUGACCAAACAUGAAACAAUUUAGCAAUUCAAGUGACCAAACAUGAAACAAUUUAGCAAUUCAAGUGACCAUAGCUGAAAUUGAUAAUACUAGGUUACACAUUGUCAACAACUAGACAGAUCGUUCGACUAAACCAGCUACACAUCAAUAGAUUACAACGGCUACAACCAAUGCAGUUAAAAGCGCAAUUUUACCUAGAAACGGAGAAUAGAUAAAAUCAUAAAGCGUAAAAUCGAAGCGUAAAAACGUAAGUUUUUAAUGCAUCGUAUAGAAUACCUAAAAAUAUGUUAAUUAGGACAUGUCUAAUAUAAAAUGUGAAUAUAUAUUCACAUUGUAAUAUUCUUUAUUAAAUAAUUACGAUAAAGUGUUACACAAUAGUUCAUCAACACCACCAUAAGAACUAAACUUUCCUCUUAAAAAGGUCAGAAUAAGAUAACCAUACGAAUCCUUAACUUUGAACCCAAAAAAAAAGGCUAGAAUUUUGGUGAUCAAAUUGGCUAGAAAUUCUCCCCAAAGAACAAAAAACUAACAAGCAGCACAGGCCAAUGAAAUGGAAUCUACAAGCUGUUGCCAUUUCUUCCUAGAAAGAUUAAUUAAUCACAAACAGGGAAACAAUUGAAACGUGACCAGAACAGCGAUGCUGCAAAAGCAGAUAAAUGCUUCAAAAACCCAGCUUGCAAUUGCGGUUGAGACAAACAGAAGCUUUCAAGAUUCAAGGAAGCUAACCUAAUCUUGCAGGUUGCAGCUGCGGCAGCCAGAAGGAGUGACAGGUGGAGUUACGGUGGAGAACAGUAGCUGCGGUGGAGACAGAGGAGGGUCGGAGCUGCUGUGGUGUCGUAGACAGGAGGGCGGAGGCCUGGUCGGAGACUUGCCGUCUAGGUUAGUUCCACUUUCGCCGGCGAAGAUUUAAGGAGUUAAGGAGGAUGAGGUAGAGGGUCAAGCAGCGGCUGUUGAGUUUAAGCUGGUGCUACAAGAUUCGAUUUAGGGUUCUUUACCCUUAAAAAAAAUAGAAGCUCUCG